CCAAAUCCCAGCCAGUCCUUCCAGAAGCCAAAGAGAAGCCAGCCUCUAAGAAGGAACGGAUAGCCGACGUGAAGAAGGUAUCUCCUUUGCUGUACCCUACGAAUUGGCUGCCAGCUGCGACCAGCUAGCAGACCUUUAUUUCCCAAGGAACACUCAUUAACGUUGAUAAGGAAACCUCAGCCACCUUUUUUAAUAAUAUAGUCUCUGGAUGUGAAUGGGGACUGCUUUCUGCUCUACUAGUUGAUCAUAGGUUAUAAAGGAAAUAAUUACAUAAACCGUAAAAUUAUAGGGCAAGAAGACAAAUCUCUCUAAUUUUGGUUUUUAACAUUUUAAAAGGUGGUUAAAAUUUUUUUAUACACCAUCCUGAAAAAUACCAGAGAGUCAUUGACAGAUGACUGUGAAAUGCAGUUGUAAAGUGUAGGACACAGUCCAAGAGGAAUGAAAGAGAAAUCAAUACUUCUCAGAAGAAAAGUUCUCUGUACCCAGGCAGCGUAGGUAACAGUCUUUGCUUAACAUGGAAGAGUCUUCCAGCAAAGGAUGCAAAAAGUCAAGAAUUGAGUUGCAUAGCAUUUGAUCCUCGGUGCCCAAACUUUAGGAUGCAUUCCUGUUGGGGAAAAUUUAAUGACUUGGUUUCAUUAAUCAUAAGAAUGUAGCUUAUCUUUUAAAAUCCAUUUUGAGAGAAUUUGGUAAUUUCCCAGGGACCAUGUGUUUACAUGAAGGGCGAGGGACAAAAGUGAUUCACAUGUACGAAUAUUGCUUUUAGAAACUUAAAAAGAAAAUCUCUUAAUGAAAUUAAAAGCUUUAUGCUGUCAGUUUUUACUCUACUGAGCUACAAAUCUGCACCUUUGCACUCAGAUUUUCAUAGCAGUGCAAAUGAUUUUAAGUCACCUGCAAGUUCUACAGACUAGCUAUAGCAAACCUAACGUGAAGGAAACAACAAUUGCUGGGAAUUCUUGAGACAGUAUUGGGAUUAACUAUGUUAUUUCAGUUCUUCCAUUCCCAGCAUAACCAUUGCUUAAUGGUAAGUGACCCUUAGGAAAUGGUGGGAGGCUGGGAAUGCCUGUGGCAGUGUUAGGGACAGGCAAGUGAGAGUUGUCCUUGCUAAUUGACUCAUCACCAGAGACGUGACCUUCAGACCCUCAAGUGCUGUGCCUGUUGCCUGCUCGUGUGUUGGGUGGGCAUUUCACAAGAGACAGUUCAAGUGGUGAGUUAUUUCAUUCACAAAAAAUGCAUGUGAGAGGGCCCCUGGGAAAUCUUGCUCUGAGUGUCAUUAAGCUCAGAAACUUCCCACCCAGACUUGUGGCGGAAGGCCUGGCCUGGCCAUCUUCAGAGCCCGACGCCUUAGCCUGGUUUCCUAUGCACACCUAGACCAGCUGCUCUUUUCCAGGGACCGCGUGUUUGUGUGAAGCUUAAGGGACAAAAGUGAGCCUGGAUGUAACUUCCGUCUGCACAGUGGCGAGUCCUUUAUUUGUAGAGAUGAAGCCACAGAAACGAUGUGUUUAAAAUGUGACUGAAAUAGGGGUGAUGGUCUAGCUUUCACAUCUGUUAACUAUAAGACCUCAUAUUUAGCUUCAGUAAAAAAGACAGAGGGGAACCAAGAAGGGAAAUCACUACCAAGACUGACUGGAUUUCAAGGUAGAGGUACAGCACCAGGCAGAAAGAGUAAAAUAUGCUUUUAAAGUUAAGGUGAUCAGUUCUAAAAAGUUAAUAAAGUUAACACAUGGAUGGACAUCCCAGCCAGUUAGAAAGCUUGGAUUGUGACGUUAAUGAUGAAUUAUUCUAAAAGGAGAGCUUCUGAAAAAGAUUCUUUGUCUCCUGCGUACACGUCCUUUUCAGGGGGUAGCUUUCUCAUUGGGCCUUGAAUUAGAAAUCAUUAGUCCUCAGAAGGGCCAAGGUGAUUCUUAGGACGGAUGCAUUACAGUAUAGACUGUAAUCAAGUCCCAACAGUGGAGCCUGAAUAUCUAAUAUUUUUAAGUGAUAAAACUAGUUGAUGUAGUGACUCUAACUAACUUGGCCUCCGCCCUCGUUAAUAAAAGCUCCCUAAAAUCCUGUGUGGAAUAAUUUCCCAGUUCUAGCAGAGGUUCAGAAUGGGGUGGGGUAGGGUGGGCAGGUAGGACUAGAGAAAAGCUCUUGGUGUGCUCCCUCGCUGCCAGGCUUGCUCAGCGUUUGGCGUUUGCUGCCUCUUUGGCCCAGAUUUCCUCCCACUUGGUUAUUCUGAUGCCUUCCGGUUGGACCUUUAUCUUCCGACUCUCAGAUUCUAAGGCCGUUCGGGUUUUUCGCCUUCGGAGACCGAAGACACUGGAUUGCAUGAUUGUGUUGGCUUCUAGUUCUAAAAUGCCUGUUCCUGGCCCAGCUCCCUUGUUUUCUUUGGAGGCCUUAUUUUUUUCUAUGUGGGAAGAGUAUCCUGAUGUUUAUGGGGUUAGGCGGUCAAACCGAAGCAGACAAGAACCAUCACGAUUUAAUAUUAAGGAGGAGGCAAGUAGCGGGUCUGAGAGUGGGAGCCCAAAAAGAAGAGGCCAGAGGCAGCUGAAAAAACAAGAGAAAUGGAAACAGGAGCCCUCAGAAGGUGAGCAGGAACAAGGCACUGGUGCAGAGAGUGAAGCAGAGCAAAAAAAAGGGAAAGCCAGGAGGCCUGUCCCCAGAAGAACAGUGGCCAAACCUCGUGUUAAAAAGCAACCGAAAGCUCAGCGUGGAAAGAAAAAAAAGCAGGAGUCUUCUGAUGAUGAUGAUGAAGACGAUGAAGCUCCCAAAAGGCAGACUCGUCGAAGAGCAGCUAAAAAUGUUAGUUACAAAGAAGAUGAUGACUUCGAGACUGACUCAGACGAUCUCAUUGAGAUGACUGGCGAAGGAGUUGAUGACCAGCAGGAUAAUAGUGAAACCAUCGAAAAGGUCUUAGAUUCAAGGUUGGGGAAGAAAGGAGCCACUGGAGCGUCUACCACUGUAUACGCAAUUGAAGCAAAUGGAGACCCAGGUGGCGACUUUGAGCCAGGAAGGGAUGAGGGCGAGGCACAGUACCUCAUCAAGUGGAAGGGCUGGUCCUACAUCCACAGCACCUGGGAGAGCGAGGAGUCCCUGCAGCAGCAGAAAGUGAAGGGCCUAAAAAAACUCGAGAACUUCAAGAAGAAAGAAGAUGAAAUCAAGCAAUGGUUGGGGAAGGUUUCCCCUGAAGAUGUGGAGUAUUUCAACUGCCAACAAGAGCUAGCCUCGGAGUUGAACAAACAGUAUCAGAUAGUAGAGAGAGUAAUAGCUAUGAAGACAAGCAAAUCUACACUGGGUCAGACAGAUUUCCCAGCUCACAGUCGGAAGCCAGCGCCUUCCAAUGAACCCGAGUAUCUAUGCAAGUGGAUGGGCCUGCCCUACUCAGAGUGCAGCUGGGAAGACGAAGCCUUGAUUGGAAAGAAGUUCCAGGGCUGCAUCGACAGCUUUCAUAGUCGCAACAACUCUAAAACCAUCCCAACGAGAGAGUGCAAGGCCCUGAAGCAGAGACCACGAUUUGUGGCUUUGAAGAAACAGCCGGCGUAUUUGGGAGGGGAGAACCUGGAGCUCCGAGACUAUCAGCUCGAAGGCCUCAAUUGGCUCGCUCAUUCCUGGUGCAAAAGCAACAGCGUAAUCCUUGCUGAUGAAAUGGGCCUGGGGAAGACCAUCCAGACAAUAUCAUUCCUCUCCUACCUGUUCCACCAGCACCAGCUGUAUGGCCCCUUUCUUAUAGUCGUCCCUUUGUCCACCCUCACCUCAUGGCAGAGGGAGUUUGAAAUCUGGGCACCAGAGAUUAACGUAGUGGUUUACAUAGGUGACCUGAUGAGCAGAAAUACGAUACGAGAAUAUGAAUGGAUUCAUUCUCAGACCAAAAGGCUCAAGUUCAAUGCACUUAUAACAACAUAUGAGAUCCUUUUGAAAGAUAAGACUGUGCUGGGCAGUAUUAACUGGGCCUUUCUGGGAGUGGACGAAGCCCAUCGGUUGAAGAAUGAUGACUCUUUAUUGUAUAAAACUCUGAUUGAUUUCAAGUCCAACCAUAGGCUCCUGAUUACGGGGACCCCUCUUCAGAAUUCCCUCAAAGAGCUCUGGUCCUUGCUGCACUUUAUUAUGCCGGAGAAGUUUGAGUUCUGGGAAGAUUUCGAGGAAGACCAUGGGAAAGGGAGAGAGAACGGCUACCAGAGUCUCCAUAAGGUGCUAGAGCCUUUCCUUCUCCGGAGAGUUAAAAAAGAUGUGGAGAAGUCCCUGCCUGCCAAAGUGGAACAGAUUCUCAGGGUAGAGAUGUCGGCCCUUCAGAAACAGUAUUACAAAUGGAUCCUGACCCGGAACUACAAGGCUCUUGCCAAGGGAACAAGAGGCAGCACGUCUGGUUUCCUGAAUAUUGUGAUGGAGCUGAAAAAAUGCUGCAACCACUGCUACCUGAUUAAACCCCCCGAGGAAAAUGAGAGAGAGAAUGGACAGGAGGUGCUUCUGUCCCUGAUCAGGAGCAGUGGGAAGCUGAUACUGUUAGAUAAACUGUUGACCAGACUCCGAGAAAGAGGGAACAGGGUCCUCAUCUUCUCCCAGAUGGUGAGGAUGCUGGACAUCCUGGCCGAGUACCUGACCAUCAAGCACUACCCUUUCCAGCGUUUGGAUGGUUCCAUCAAGGGAGAGAUCCGAAAACAGGCCCUGGACCACUUCAAUGCGGAUGGUUCUGAGGACUUCUGUUUCCUGCUCUCGACACGGGCUGGUGGCCUGGGCAUCAACUUGGCUUCAGCGGACACCGUUGUGAUCUUUGACUCUGACUGGAACCCCCAGAACGACUUGCAGGCACAAGCCCGAGCCCAUAGAAUUGGUCAGAAGAAGCAGGUAAAUAUUUACCGCUUGGUUACAAAGGGGACUGUGGAGGAAGAGAUCAUAGAACGGGCCAAAAAGAAGAUGGUAUUGGACCAUCUGGUCAUUCAGCGCAUGGACACCACUGGCCGGACGGUCCUGGAAAACAACUCGGGAAGGUCCAAUUCCAAUCCCUUUAAUAAAGAAGAGCUGACAGCUAUUUUGAAAUUUGGAGCAGAGGAUCUUUUCAAAGAACUUGAAGGGGAGGAGUCGGAGCCUCAGGAAAUGGACAUAGAUGAGAUCCUGCGCUUGGCUGAAACCAGAGAAAACGAGGUGUCCACAAGUGCGACAGAUGAGCUGCUUUCACAAUUUAAGGUUGCCAACUUCGCCACAAUGGAAGACGACGAAGAGCUGGAAGAGCGCCCUCACAGGGACUGGGACGAGAUCAUUCCAGAGGAUCAAAGGAGGAGGGUUGAGGAGGAGGAGCGGCAGAAGGAGCUGGAAGAAAUUUACAUGCUGCCUCGAAUUCGGAGCUCGACUAAAAAGGCCCAGACAAACGACAGUGACUCUGACACCGAGUCUAAGAGGCAGGCCCAGAGGUCCUCUGCCUCUGAGAGCGAGACGGACGACUCCGAUGAUGACAAGAAGCCAAAGCGCAGAGGGCGCCCUCGGAGUGUGCGGAAGGACCUCGUGGAAGGAUUUACGGACGCGGAGAUCCGCAGGUUCAUCAAGGCGUAUAAGAAGUUUGGGCUCCCUCUUGAACGGCUAGAGUGCAUAGCGCGCGACGCGGAGCUCGUAGAUAAGUCGGUGGCAGAUCUGAAGCGCCUUGGUGAACUGAUUCACAACAGCUGCGUGUCGGCCAUGCAGGAGUAUGAGGAGCAGCUCAAGGAGAACGCCGGCGAGGGGAAGGGACCAGGGAAAAAGAGAGGCCCAACAAUCAAGAUAUCUGGGGUUCAGGUGAAUGUGAAGUCCAUUAUCCAACACGAAGAAGAGUUUGAGAUGCUGCAUAAAUCCAUCCCCUUGGACCCAGAAGAAAAAAAAAAAUACUGCUUAACCUGUCGUGUCAAAGCUGCGCAUUUUGAUGUCGAGUGGGGCGUGGAGGACGAUUCGCGCCUCCUGCUGGGGAUUUAUGAGCAUGGCUAUGGAAACUGGGAGCUAAUUAAAACAGAUCCAGAGCUAAAGUUAACUGACAAAAUUCUGCCUGUGGAGUCAGAUAAAAAGCCUCAGGGGAAGCAGCUGCAGACCCGAGCGGACUAUUUGCUGAAGCUGCUCAGGAAGAGCCUGGAGAAGAAGGGGACCGUGCCGGGCGGGGAAGCGGCCAAACUGAAGAAGCGGAAGCCGCGCGUAAAGAAGGAGAACCAAGUGCCAAGGCUGAAGGAGGAGCACGGGCUUGACUUCUCACCCCCCAGGCACUCGGACAACCCGUCCGAGGAGGGCGAGGUCAAGGAUGAUGGCUUAGAAAAAAGCCCGAUGAAGAAGAAGCAGAAGAAGAAGGAGAACAAAGAGAACAAGGAGAAGCAGCUGAGCUCCAGGAAGGAUAGAGGGGACGGUGACAAGGACAGGAGGCGGCCCAGAGAGAAAAAAGAGAAGCCUAAAGGUGGUGAUGCCAAAUCAAGUAAAUGCAAGCGGACUCAGGGCCCUGUGCACAUCACGGCAGGGAGUGAGCCUGUCCCCAUCGGCGAGGAUGAGGGCGACGAUCUGGACCAGGAGACGUUCAGCAUCUGUAAGGAGAGGAUGAGGCCCGUGAAAAAGGCACUGAAACAGCUGGACAAACCCGACAAGGGGCUCAAUGUGCAAGAGCAGCUGGAGCACACCCGGAACUGCCUGCUUAAGAUCGGAGACCGAAUAGCUGAGUGCCUUAAAGCUUACUCAGACCAGGAGCACAUCAAACUGUGGAGGAGGAACCUAUGGAUUUUUGUUUCCAAGUUUACAGAAUUCGAUGCUCGAAAACUGCAUAAGUUAUACAAGAUGGCUCAUAAGAAAAGAUCUCAAGAGGAGGAGGAGCAGAAGAAGAAAGGUGACCUGAUGGGUGGGAAGAAGCCGUUUCGCCCAGAGGCCUCUGGUUCAAGCCGGGAUUCCUUGACGUCUCAGCCGCAUGCCCCGCACAGCCUUCACCCGCAGAAGUCGCACUUGCCUUCCUCCCACGGCCCACAGGUGCAUGGACACCCGAGAGACAACUACAACCACCCCAACAAGAGGCACUUCAGUAACGCAGAUCGAGGCGACUGGCAGAGGGAAAGGAAGUUUAGCUACGGUGGCGGCAACAGCAAUCCGCCAUGGGGGAGCGACAGGCACCAUCAGUAUGAGCAGCACUGGUACAAGGACCAUCACUAUGGGGACCGGCGACACAUGGACAGCCACCGUUCUGGGAGCUACCGACCCAACAACCUGUCCAGAAAGAGACCCUAUGACCAGUACAGCAGCGACCGAGACCAUCGGGGGCACAGAGAUUAUUACGACAGGCACCACCAUGACUCCAAGCGGAGGAGAUCUGAUGAAUUCAGGCCUCAGAAUUACCACCAGCAGGAUUUCCGACGAAUGUCUGAUCACCGGGCCCCUAUGGGCUACCACGGCCAGGGACCCUCAGACCAUUACCGCUCUUUCCACACAGACAAAUUGGGGGAAUACAAACAGCCCCUGCCCCCGCUGCACACCGCAGUCUCAGAUCCUCGCUCGCCCCCUUCUCAGAAAUCUCCCCAUGAUUCCAAGUCGCCCCUGGAUCACAGGUCUCCCUUGGAGAGAUCACUAGAACAGAAAAACAACCCAGAUUAUAACUGGAAUGUUCGGAAAACAUAAAGGACAGCUGGGGAAAAAAGGGAGAGCAAGUCAUUAAGCACCUGGAUGUUUUUGGUCUGAUCCCACGGGAGCCAGUUACCUAGACCAGUGAGUGGAGUUUCUGGACACGCUGCUGCUGUCGCUCAUUGGCUGAGGGGCGCCUCCAGGAGUGGGGACUUCUGUUCAGUCCAGCCUUGGUUUGGUCACCACUCCUGCCCUCCGGCACCCCAUCCGUUCCCGCCUGGCUCUGGCUCCCACUCUGAUGGGUGCUGGGAGGAAGAGGUGACUUUUUUGUACCAGUUCCCGCGCUGUGUUUCCCCAAUGAGGGGAGAAGGGAUCUCAGUCAUGAAUGUUUCAUUGCCAGGGUCACUGUGCCCAGGACCUUAGUGCGGUGGUCAGAGGAGGAACGUAUAUGUGAAGGCUGUGGGACCUGCUGGACAGUGCGUGGUGUGGUUCAUGAUGGCGUGACAAUGCUGCUGACGGGGAGUGGGGCGUGGGGACAAGCGGGUGGGGUCUUGCAUCAGGACUUGAAGGGGGGAGCAGGUACACCCCUCAAAUGUGUUCUUGGGAGAUGUCAUACCCUGGGUCUCAUUAUGUUAUACCUAUGUUGCGGGGGGUGGGGGGACAGAGAGGGGAACAGCUCACAAUGGCCCCUUCCCUACAAACACUAAUUUUUCCUAUGCUGUUUGUACAUUUCAAAGGUGUGGGCCUCCUCAGUGGGCCUCCUGCGCCUGCUGUGCUGGGGAGGGUUGGGUCUGCCCGGCUGCCCUGGGGUACUGUGAGUCAGGUGGGAGUCGGCGUGGCUCUGAUGUGCUUGGGAGGGGGCAGGGUGGGGGGAGCGUGGCUGGAAACUGGAGUCCCUGGUAGAUUUCUGAUUCUUGGGUAAGAAGUAAAACUCCAGGGCCUGGAGAGGAGGGGGAAGCAGAGGCAGGCAUCACAUGGGGGUGCCGGUGCAGGUGGGGAGAAGGUUCCCCAGGUAGGUUUGGCAGUGCCAGCAGGUAGGGGGAGCUUUCAGUGUUGUACCAGGUCAGCAUUUGCCGGUUGCAUUUUAGUUCCCUUUGCACAGCAUAAAGAAGCAGGAGACAGAGUGACAUCUCCUAACACUCGGGGGGAGGGGGGGGGUAAACGGAUGAAAAGUGAGUUCUCACCAUGGUGAACAGGCUUCCACUGUUACCAUUAGGAGUGAACUCAGUUUCUUGUAGAAUGAGAUCAGCUAAAAUAUAAACCCAAGUAAUUUUUUUCGCACAUUAGGAAGCAUCUGAGGACAGGAAGGCUGAGCUCAGUGAGGGGAGUUGGGACUGGGAGGCUAGGUGGUCACGUCAGUUAAGCAGGCUCCUCUCAUUUGACUGAUCCUGGGCCCUCUGUUUCAUUCAUUUUAGAUAGCUUGCCAGUGUUGUUAGCGUGUCCCGAGGCCUGUCUGGGCGGAGACAGAAUAACUGACUUGAACACAGUGUUGUUUCGGGUGGAUGUCCAGGCCCAGAGCUGGUGAAAACCCUUCCACUGGGCGCACACAGCAUUCACCUCCCGAGACUGACCUGUGGGCACUUCAUAAAAUCAUUGUCACCUACUUGCCUGGUACCCUGGGCAGCACCAUUGAUGCCUUUGCUAACAAACCCCCAAGCGGCAUCCCCCUAGGGAAGCAGGUGUGGCUUUGGUGGCCGCCGCUCCCUGCUGCACAGAGCACCCCAGGGCUGGCCAGUGUGGAGCCCCAGGGAGAGUCUGGGUCAUCACAGCACGUGCUGGGAGUCCAGUGAGCCCACCACCUCCUCAUGUACCUCCCCUUGGUACUUAGGGUUCUUCACCCCAAGUGCGUACCAUGCAAACCCAGAAGGCCCUGGUUACAGCCGCCCACGGGGACAGGCUGUGAGUGCUCAGUGGGAGAAGGUAGGUCAGGUCUCUGCUUUGGCCACCGCAAGUCCAGCUUCUUGCUGACAGUACUAACACUACCCCGUGUGGGUUGCCCAGAGCAGAGAGGAAGGUGGGGCUGGCUUGCCAGGUCCCGAGUGAUGGCGAUGGGUGGGGAGUGGAUGAGCCCGGCGUCUUCCCCUGUGGAAGCUGGGUCAGGUCACGUCCUCUGGGAGGCUCAGUGUUUCCUUUUACUACAAAGAGGCCGAUUGGAGGCACUGCAUUUCAGUACUCGUCCAGGUAUUUUGCUGUUGAUCGGAGAUGUGAGUUAUUCCCAAAGAUGUCGCAUCAUGAGGAAAUCCUUUUGUUUGCAUUCAGGACUGUGAGUGCCAUAUUUAGCAAAAGGCAGUAUCAGCCAAAUCAGUGUUAAAUUGAUUAGCAAGUUGCAGUAUCCCCGUAAAAGCGCCUACUUCAGGUGUUGAAGUGUAUUUGAAGCGUGCGUUGGGAGAGGGAGGUGCUUCCUCACUGACCUGUCAGUAUGAAUAAACGCUGUAUGCUUAGAUUAAAAACCAAAUUUGCACAGGGAGAAAUUCUCACUGGUGUAUGGGAGGAGCUUCCCCAGGAGUGGCCUGUGAGGAUGGGCUUGCAAUGGAGCUUCGCUUUGAAAGAUGCAGUAACUGGGUAGAAAUAGCAGGAUUGAGGAAGAGAGGAGUUGGCCUCACCUGAAACCCCCAGCAUAAGCGAGGAUUAACACGGCCUCCUGGCGCCCUGGAAAAGGGCAUGCGAACCCCAAACUCGCCAUGGCUGUCUUUCAGGACCGGCCAGCCUCCCUGCGGAGCCUCACCUGAUGCCCCGGGCCCCCCUCCUAUCAUUCCCUCAGCCCUUCACGGGAAACCAGAACACUUCUCACAUCGCUGCAGACGUGCUCGCCUGGUGUCUGAACGUGUGGUGCAAACAAUUUAGUUACGAAUCCACGUGGUGAUGCUGAAAUCCAGACCAAAAUCACUCGGCAGCAGGAGUGCUGGCCCAGGGCCCGGCCCCGGGCUCCUCCGGCUGUCGGGGGGCUGCGCGUCGGGCAGGGAGAGCCAGGCCAAAGGUCCAGGCUGCGCUAGUCCAUCUGUGCCCCUCUCGUUAGGGGACAGGUGGUUUUUUCUUUAUUGUAAAAUUGUGGACUUUUAAAACCUGUUGACUAAACAGUAAUUAAUUUAUAUUUGUGAAAAUGCCACUGUCCUCGUGAUUUCUGAUGUAAAUAAUGUUGUUUAUAUAGUAUGUAUUAAAUUUUCCUACAUUGUAAAA